ACUUUCUGGCCACCCCAACAUUGUCCAGUUCUGCUCUGCAGCAUCCAUAGGAAAAGAGGAAUCAGACACUGGACAAGCUGAGUUCCUCCUGCUCACAGAGCUCUGCAAAGGACAACUGGUGGAAUUCCUAAAGAGAGUAGAGUCUAAAGGUCCUCUGUCCUGCGACACCAUUUUGAAGAUCUUCUACCAGACGUGCCGAGCCGUGCAGCACAUGCACAGGCAGAAGCCGCCCAUCAUCCACCGAGACCUCAAGGUUGAAAACUUGCUGCUUAGCAACCAGGGAACCAUUAAGCUGUGUGACUUUGGCAGCGCCACGACCAUUUCACACUGCCCGGACUACAGCUGGAGCGCCCAGAAGCGAGCAAUGGUGGAGGAGGAGAUCACAAGAAACACCACACCCAUGUACAGAACGCCAGAAAUCGUAGACCUGUAUUCCAAUUUCCCCAUCGGCGAGAAGCAGGAUAUCUGGGCCUUGGGCUGCAUCUUGUACCUGCUAUGUUUCCAGCAGCAUCCUUUUGAGGAUGGAGCAAAACUUCGGAUAGUCAAUGGGAAGUACUCAAUCCCUGUGAACGACACUCGAUACACAGUCUUCCAUGAUCUCAUUCGCUCCAUGCUGAAGGUCAACCCGGAAGAGCGAUUGUCCAUCGCUGAGGUAGUGCGCCAGCUGCAGGAGAUUGCCACGACCAGGAACGUGAAUCCCAAAGCCCCCAUCACAGAGUUGCUGGAGCAGAACGGAGGCUACGGGAACCCAGGGUCAUCUCGAGCUCCACCUCCUCCCGGAGGCCCCACAAACAGCAGCUACAGUGGAGGACUGGCUCUGGCUGAGUACGACCAGCCCUACGGUGGGUUCUUUGACAUCCUUCGGGGUGGGACAGAGCGGCUCUUCACCAACCUCAAGGACACAUCCUCCAAGGUCAUCCAGUCUGUAGCUAGCUACGCAAAGGGUGAUCUGGACAUAUCUUACGUCACGUCCAGAAUUGCAGUGAUGUCCUUCCCAGCAGAAGGUGUGGAGUCAGCCAUCAAAAAUAACAUAGAAGACGUGAGGCAGUUUCUGGAUGCCAAGCACCCAGGGCACUAUGCUGUGUACAACCUGUCUCCAAGGACCUACCGGGCCUCCAAGUUCCACAACCGGGUCUCCGAGUGUGGCUGGGCAGCCAGGCGGGCACCACACCUGUAUAGCUUAUACACCCUCUGCAGGAGUAUGCAUGCCUGGCUCCGCGAAGACCCCAGGAACGUCUGUGUCGUGCACUGUGUGGAUGGGAGGGCGGCCUCUGCCGUGGCCGUCUGUGCCUUCCUGUGCUUCUGCCGUCUCUUCAGCACCGCUGAAGCUGCUGUGUACAUGUUCAGCAUGAAGCGCUGCCCACCCGGCAUUUGGCCAUCUCACAAAAGGUACAUUGAGUACGUGUGUGACAUGGUGGCGGAGGAGCCCAUCACACCACACAGCAAGCCGAUGCUGGUGAGAGCGGUCACCAUGACCCCUGUGCCGCUGUUCAGCAAGCAGAGGAACGGCUGCCGGCCAUUCUGUGAGGUCUAUGUGGGCGAUGAGCGUGUGACCACUACAUCCCAGGAGUAUGACCGGAUGAAGGAAUUUAAACUCGAAGAUGGCAAGGCGGUCAUCCCCCUCGGCGUCACAGUUCAGGGGGACGUGCUCAUUGUCAUUUACCAUGCCAGGUCCACUCUGGGAGGGAGGCUGCAGGCCAAGAUGGCAUCCAUGAAGAUGUUCCAGAUACAGUUCCACACUGGGUUUGUGCCCCGCAACGCGACCACUGUGAAGUUUGCAAAAUACGACCUGGACGCAUGCGACAUUCAGGAAAAGUAUCCAGACUUGUUUCAGGUGAACUUGGAAGUGGAGGUGGAGUCCAGGGACAGGCCCAGCCGAGAGGCCCCGCCAUGGGAGAGUGCCAGCCUGAGGGGGCUGAACCCCAAGAUCCUAUUCUCCAGCCGAGAGGAACAGCAGGACAUCCUGUCUAAAUUUGGGAAGCCGGAGCUCCCCAGACAGCCGGGCUCCACCGCCCAGUACGACGCUGAGACGGGGUCUCCGGAGGCUGAGGUCACAGAGCCAGACUCUCCGCAGAGCAGCAGCACAGACGCCAACCACUUCCUCCACACGCUGGACUGGCAGGAGGAAAGAGAACCAGAGACGGGUACAGAAAGCACCUCUCCUAAGGAGAGUCACUCUGCCCUGAUUCUAGACGGAGAUGGAAGCGAAGCCUCCGACGGGGGGGAGGGGUCCCCGUCCCCCUGCAGGGACCAGCAGCCAGGGGCUGCUGAGGACACACCAGGCCCGGCAGCCACGGCCGGACAACAAGACUUGAUAUUUGAGGCAGCCACAGCGGCCACACCACAGAAGCCUCAGUCUCAAGAAGAGGGCGUCGACCUCUUGGGGCUGCACUCAGAGGCGGACCCUGGGCCUGCCGCCCCCUCCCAGGCCUGCGGGGCCCCCUCCAGCAACACUGACCUGCUCAGCUGCCUCCUUGGGCCCCCCGAGUCUGCCCCCAUCGGGCCCCCGGGGGACCUUCUUGACGGUGGAGCCCCCCUGCUCUUGGCCAGCCCAGCUCCCCCCCUGAGCGUGCAGAGCGCCCCACAAGGAGGGGCCCCUGCCGCUGCUGACCCAUUUGACCCACUUGUGGUACCGUCCGUCGCCAACACCCAACCCUGCUCCGAGCCUGAUCUCUUCGGCAACUUUCUCAGCUCCGACUCCACUGCAGCCUCGGCCUUGCCUGCUUUUCCCUCCACGCACAGCGCCCCACCCCCAGCCUGCAGCACUGCCUUCCUGCUUCUAGGGGAUCUUCCGUCAGAGCCCAGCAGGGUGACAGCCUGCUCCAGCCACCCAGAGCUGCUGGGAGGGUGGGAGGCCUGGACAGAGGCCCCGGGGCCUGGGCCGGGCCCUACACCCACUCCAGAAGGCGCCCUCUUCUCUCCUGGAGGUCAGCCAGCCCCUCCUGGCCCCCAGCCCAGCCAGACUAAGCCUCAGAGUCUGGACCCAUUUGCUGACCUUGGGGACCUGGGCUCUGGUGUACAAGGCUCACCUGGGUUUGCUCCGGGGGGCUUCAAUCUCAAGUCGGCCCCCUCUCCUAAGGGUGGUAGCACCUGGCAGACAAGUCGGCCGACAGCCCAGGGCCCCUCAUGGCCCUCCCAAGCUAAGCUGCCCCCCAAAACUGGUGCACAGCCAAAGCCUCACUACCCUACCAACUACAGCGUGAUUGGGGGCCGAGAGGAGAGGGGUGUCCGGGUCCCCAGCUUCGCUCAAAAGCCGAAGGUCUCAGAGAAUGACUUUGAAGACCUGUUGCCGAGUCAAGGCUUUUCCAGGUCUGACAGGAAGGGGCCGAGGACCAUGGCGGAGAUGCGGAGGCAGGGCCUCGCCCGGGACACAGACCCCCUCAAGCUGAAGCUCCUGGACUGGAUUGAAGGCAAGGAGAGGAACAUCCGUGCCCUGCUGUCCACCCUGCACACGGUGCUGUGGGAUGGGGAGAGCCGCUGGACGCCCGUGAGCAUGGCUGACCUGGUGACCCCAGAGCAGGUGAAAAAGCAGUACCGCCGCGCAGUGCUGGUUGUGCACCCCGACAAGGCCACAGGACAGCCAUACGAGCAGUAUGCCAAGAUGAUCUUCAUGGAGCUCAAUGAUGCCUGGUCUGAGUUUGAGAACCAGGGCGCCAGGCCCCUCUUCUGAGAUCUGACGGCUGUGGCAACACAAGGCAGCUUGUGGAGCGGAGCCGAAGGCCGCUGGCUGGCCUGACGGGGACACCCCUGGCCCGAGGCGGGUGUGGCCCGGGGCCAGGCCCCAGGGCCGGACCGGCGGCCCCCAGUGUCCCUUACUAGUCCUGGAUUGAUGCCAGUCCACAGCCCAGGAGAGAAUGCAUUCCAAAGCUCUGAUUUUUGUUUCGUUUUUCUUUUGGUCCCAGAGAAGUGUUGAUUUUUUUGCUCCCUCCACAGCUGUCACAGCCCGUGCUUUACGUGGUGUCUGGUGGCUGUCACCGCGGUGGCGCAUGCCCGUGGCACUGCUCCUCUGUUCCUUCUCAGAGCCGGUGUGUGCUCAUGUCCUCUGUGAUCAGCUGACGAUGGUCUGUACAUAAUUAAACUAUUUUCUGAUGGCU